AUGGGUGAUAUUUGCACAUACGCCAGCGCCCUCACUCUUGGCCGCCUCUGCUGUCACCAGCUGCGGGUGGCCCCACGCCUCCUAUGGUACGGCAUAGGGAUUGGCUUUCAGAUUGUGAUCCUUAUACUCAUGCCAUCCAACCCAGCUCUUGGUGGUGAUGAGUGUCUUGCCAACUUUUUAUACCAGCUGGCUUCAAAUGCUUCUACCAACCAUUUUGUGCAGAAAGUUUCUGCUUAUCCCUUUGUCUGUAUUCUUGUACCAGGAGCCCAGCAGAGAGAACUCUUGAUGGAGGAAUUUGCAUUUCUGAAAAAAGAAGUCAUGGGGAGAGAACUGCUCAAAGGGUCCCUUCUCUUCACAGUUGGCCCAAUGGAAGAAGAGAAGUUUGGCUUUCCUGCAUUUAGUGGCAUCUCUUGCCUGACCUGGCUGGUAUCCCUGUUGGGUGAGCUUUCUCUGGUGUCUGCCACUUUGGAAGAGCAAGAAGAGGAGCAGUAUAUGCAAAUGACUGUGCACCUAGAGACCAAGGACAGAUGGCUUCUCUUGUCUUUUUGCAAUCUCCUAACCUGGCUUGAGGAGAAAGGGCCUGGCUCAAGGAGCAGAUAUUUAAGCUUCCACUUCAAAUCUGGAUCCCAUGUACCAAACAGAGGUGUCACCGAGGUCAUUUUCCAGAAAGAGCAAGAUCUGUUUGUGCAGAAGUUCUCGGGGCAGGUCUCUGAGAAGGGACUGGCUGCAGAAAGGAAGCAUGUCCUGCACUGCCUGGUGCUGGCAGAGGGGGUCUAGAGCUGCUGCUGUUUGGAGAAGUAGGAGAGGAAGCGGUGGGCACCCCAGCACUGCAUCACAG